AUGGAACAUCUGCCAGGCAAUCCAGUUGGUAUUAUUGGAGAGCUGCGAGGAAAUAAGCGUGUGGCUAAGAUUGCCGAAUUUGGUCUUCAGCUUUUGAAGGCUGUGUACGAUCUGCAUUAUCUCGGUAUUGUGCAUCGCGAUAUAAAACCGGAAAAUGUUGGACUUUAUCAGAAUAGUAUUUUGGUACUCUAUGAUCUUGGUUUAGCACGAAUAUUCACUGAACUGAGCGGUCAAAUUAGAAAACCACGGUGCAUGUGUGGCAUGCGUGGUACCGACGAAUGGGCGAGUCUAUCCGCUGAACUUGGAAGAGAUCAAGUGAGUUAA